AUGUUCAGCCAGAUAAAACGAGAUUUGAUGACAAAAGGGGAACGACAGUUGAAAAUGAUAGACAAACUGCUUGUUGAUAAAACUGAAUUGACUAAACAAUGUGAGCAUCUCGUUGAAGGACUGAAAACGAGUGAGAGAAGAAUGGAAAUGCUGAAGGAAGAGGCCGAGGAGCAUUUGAUACGCGAGGCGAGCGCUCUGGAAGCUUUAGGAGUUCAGCGUGCUGAACUAGCGGCCGAACAUAAACUUGAACUAGAGAUGAAAACCGAGGCGAUAAGAAGGGAAUGCGACGCCCUAGUGCUGGUCGAGAGGGACCGCUGCCGGCGGCAGGUCGCUGAAGAGGCUGAGAAAUGGAAUGAACAGAUGAGGUCAAUCCGGAUAGGCGCUCAGCAAGAUAUGGUAGAGGUUAGAAAGCAGGCCGAGGAAGAGCGCAAUAAAUUGGAUAUCAAAUUUAGAGAGGAACUGCAUCAGGCGCACGUUGAGGCUAUGAAGCGAUUGAAAGAGGCCGAGCAAAAGUUCGAGGAAGAAUUGACGCGAGUGAAAUCUGCUAAGGAGGUUGAAGUUAAGACGAUUAAACGAGGAGAAGAACUCGAACGAGAGACAUGGAUGGAAAAUGUGAGGCAGGGUUGA